AAAUAAUAUGGUUCUUCUUGUUCAAACAGUAAGAAUUAAAGAAGCCUUAAAAAGAUAUUCGUCAUUAAAUAUAGAAAAAGAUAUAUCAGAAUAUUUAAAAAGUGACUUUAUUCCUCACUCUGUGAUUAUAGAUGUUUCAACAACUUUAAAAAAUAUAAAUCAUGAUAUUGAAAAAAAAGACAGUCUAGACUAUAUUUUGAGAGGAACGCAUAUAUAUCAUGAGAAAAAAACUCACAAAAAUGCUUAUUUUAUCUCUUUUUUAAGCCAUUUUCUAAAUAUAAAUAGAAUCCAAAACAAAACCAUUUAUUAAAAAUGCAUUCUAUUGCAGAAGAAAUGAACUAUCAAAGACUUAUAGGUAUACAGGAUCCAUAUUAUAAAAACAAAGAACUCAGUAAAAAUGAACUACGGUUAAUUAAAAAUCAAAUAUUUACAAUAAUUAAUAUUCUUGUGUCAAUUUUUAGUAUUAUAGUUGCCAUCUGGAUAUGGUGUAAAAAUUGGACUAUACCAAUGAGAAUAAUAACAGCCCUAAGUUCUGGUAUAGUAAUUGCCAUUGCGGAAAUUGUUUUAUAUAAUCAUUAUUUAUCAAGUAUUAAAAAAAGACAAGAAUUCGAAAGGAAUAAACCUUUAAAAAAGGAAAUAAUAAACACAAUAAAAUUUGAAGGAUGUAAAAAUACCUAAUAUAAACUAAAUAACCCUAUCUAUUAUGUAAAAAUACAAUCACUUUCUAAAC